AUGUCCAAGCAUACACUCAAAGUAGCGGUUACGCAGGCCGAGCCUCAGUGGCUGGACCUUGCUGCCAGCGUCAACAAAACCUGUGGCCUCAUCAACGAGGCUGCAGAAAAUGGCGCCAAGCUUGUUGCGUUUCCUGAAUGCUGGAUUCCUGGGUAUCCAGGCUGGAUCUGGCAAAGGCCCGUUGACCCAAUCAUCAAUACAGAAUAUAAUGAGAAUUCGCUCAAGGUGGACUCAGCUGAGAUGAGGGCUAUCCAAGCUUGCGCAAAGUCGAACUCGGUAGCGAUUUCUCUUGGAUUCUCAGAGCGCACCGAGUCACACUCCCUUUACAUUUCUCAGGUUAUCAUUACGCCUGAGGGCGAAAUCGCUGCCCAUCAUCGGAAGCUUAAGCCAACACAUAUGGAGCGCACUAUUUUUGGCGACGGCUCUGAUAAUGUCUUGAAUACUGUCGCUGAUAUCGACUUUGGCGAUGUUGGUGUGAUCAAGGUUGGCAAUCUUGCAUGCUGGGAACAUGCUCAGCCACUACUCAAGUACCAUACCUACUCGCAGCAUGAAAGCAUUCACAUUAGUGCAUGGCCUCCCAUCGAUCCUCACGGCGGAACUGAGGCCCCUGGCCUGUGGAGCAUGAGUGCUGAAGGUACCGAGUGUAUGAGUCAGAUGUAUGCCAUGGAGGGUGGCUCGUAUGUCCUACAUUGUACGGCAGUUUGCAAUCAACCAGGGAUUGAUAAGCUGAAGACGAAGGGAGGCUUGUUGUUCCAAGAACCUGGCGGCGGCCACAGUGCGGUGUAUGGUCCCGAUGGGAGGAGGUUGACAAAGCCUCUGGCUAGUGGCGACGCGACGGCUGAAGGAAUCGUGUACACCGAGCUGGACUUGAAGGCCAUAGUUACUAACAGAUCUUUCCUUGACGUGGUUGGCCAUUAUAGUCGACCUGACCUCCUGUGGCUUGGGGUGGAUAAGAAGCAAAAGAACAUUGUGGUUUUAACGAAGGAGGCACAGGAUAGCGCGUAA